AUGGCCAACCGUCGUCUUGAAAUCCUCGUUCAUACGACGGCGCCAAGUCUUGGGCAAGAGGAUUCGCUCUAUCGGUCAUUGGCGGCAGCGUACCUCGAUUUCGAACCGCAGGGACGGAUCGAUUUACAUGAGGAAGAUGAUAUAUCGAGUGGGAAUGAUGAGUCAGGUGGAGAUGAGAGUCCUGAGCGCCAGCUUCGUGCUGAUAUACGCAACUCUCAAUCCAACGAGGACCAAAGUCACAUGUUCUCGAAUGGCUUAGACUCCUGCCUGCCAGCGUCUCAGCUUUCGUCUGCCCCGAGAAGGGAAUACCUCACACGCUCAAAGAUAACUACCGCCCCUUCUUCCGCUAUACAGUUUUUGGAUAUUUCCUUCACGAGUGUUGAUGGCAUGAACUCUCCACGGUUUCGCGCACGUGACCUUAACAGAUCCAGGGACGCUGGCCAAAAGGGGUUUGAAAAAGGGAUGCAACGGGAACAACAAACAUCAAGGUCCAUAAUAGGUUCACUAGCUGAACAGGUCGGUCCGCGUCGUGAAACUGGUGGCACUUCAACGAGCCAGUUGGAAUCUUCCCCUUCCAUACCAACCUGCUCAACCCCUUCAGUCAUUCGAGACACGUUCUUGUCUCAAUUUGAAAGCCCACGUUACUCUUCGCCAUCUCCUGUACGAGUGCCUUUAUCUCCACCACCAGAUGAGGCGCUUGGUUCUGAAAUAGGAAAUGGGGGAAGGCAGUCUGGCCGAACAUUGCGAAGCAGAGCACAUAUAUCGGAAGAACACCCAAAAGAGACAACUUCCCCACUAAGUCCUGCGCCUACACGGAGUGAAGAGGCGCCUUCAACUACGCUUACAUCUAAGUUACGCCCAGAAGAAUAUUCUUCACCAUCAUUGCCUCGGCCAUUGUCACUCGGCCAAUACGACCUACAAGUCCGCAGAACUCCGCCACCGGAUAGCCCCCACCGUAGCCCCAAGAAGCGAAGCCUUGCCUCAGUGCCUUUACCCACCACGGCACGCAAAUCUACUCGUCUACUCAUCGACCUUACUCACGUCUCUGACACUCCUCCCGUCCCCUUUGAUCAGGGCAGUCGGCAGGCCAACCCAGCCCUCCCUCCUUCAGAAAAGCCAGUGCGUGCUCCAAGUUCCUCCAUACCGUCGCAGAGACCAUCGCGCAAGCGCCAUGCAUCCCGCAUACCAGGCACGUCUGCAAUUUACCCCUUGCCCGCCACUGGCUCGGAGGAGGUCAGCACGACGUUCCUAACGGUGCCACUUGCGAACCUUGCAGCAGAGAUUGGGUAUGCGCGUUUUCGCCCUGCAUCACAGAGUCGGGAGAUACGGAAACAUGAAAGGGGAUAUUGGGGCAUCGAUGUAUAUGAUAGCGAAGUAGGUUGGGACGAUCGAGCAAGAGAGAAAACGUGGGAGUUUCUCCGUGAGUAUAUUGGUCGAGGGAAGGCGGGGUGGGGAGUCUGGUGCGUCAGGGAUCGCGAGCACGUUGGUGAAGGAGGCGAGGACGGAGGACGUAAGACGGGAUUGGAAGGAGAGCAAUGGCGAAUCUAUUGCUGGGGCGAAAUUCUUUCGGAAGUAUACCUACUUCUUUAUUUGGCAAGUUCGAGGAGAAUCCGUAGUGCCGGGGCGUGCUGGUUUGAUGGCGGCGGGGAGUGUGUUGUGACGAUGCCAAGUGAUAUCAAACCGGGGCAGGAAGGGGGGACAAAGUGA